ACGGAAAUGCGAGUUUCUCUCAGUGCUGUCGUAGCUGCUAGAGCUAGUAUGUACAGCGGACUCCUGCCGAAGGGUUUGACCGAGGCCGAGCUCAGUUCAGACGGCGAGGACGGCCGUGAUGCCCAGGAGGAGGAGAGGGAGAGCAAGAGUGAAGGCUCCCCUGAAAAGUUGAGCGGUGUUGGGGGAAACAGUGGGUCAGUGGUGGAGGGAGAUCCGUCUCACACCCCUAAUGAUAAAGACAGCGAGUCCCCGAGGUGCAGCCUGCCUGGGAUUUCCCAGGAAAUGUGGCAAAAAUUUCAAGAUCUACAGAAGAGGAAAAAUGAGAUCAAGACGAUGAAGGAUCCCCGAAGAAGAAAAAGAAGGCGACACAAAAAAGGAACAGACACCCAGGAAUCAGCUGAGGAAAGAGAGCGAGAGGCUGAGCGUGAGAAGCAUUGGGACGGGCUUAAGCAGUAUUUCGGUGUAAAUGAUCGAUUUCAUCCCCCUGCAUGUUCCAAACCCCCUCCAAAGUCCGGCCUAGAAAAGAGCAUAGAGAGCGCCAUAGCUGAAGGGGACAUUGCAAAGGCGGAGGAGAUGAGCGACAGACUCGCCACUCGAGAGCUCGCUGUGAAAGUCACGCAGGCCGCCAGCUGCCGGGAUUUCGUGCAAUGCAAACAGGAAGAGGAAGCAUCCCGUGCAGCCCAGAAAAGAAAGAAGCAAAUAGCUUGGGGGUUCGAAGCCAAGAAACGAUGGGAAACCAAAAGCAACAUGGGCUUCAUGUGACACACGUCAAAGAGGAUACCAGCAAAUUUUAUACUGGUUUAUAAAUUAAUUUGAGAGCAGUUAUGCUUUUCAAGCCUGACUCAUAAUAUUACUCUUUUUAUUUUUUAUCACUAUUUUUUUUUUAGGUUUUUUGGCCCUCUUUUUACACUGUAUUUGUCUUUUUGAACAUUUCACACCAGCCAAUUGUGAGGCGUACAAGUCACACAAUUGGCUGUGAGGAAAAAAAAAAAACAUCCAAAGAGUAUGAUGAAAAAAAUUAUGGAGCAUUGAAAUUAAUUCCUAAGGCACCCAUUGGUGGCUGAAUUGUGGUAUUUUUCAUUCCAUUUCUGUGAUUUGAGCGUCCUAGCCUUUUUUCUCUCCCCUUCAAAUUAAAUCUGGUGUACAUUACUGGA